AACUCAAAGGCUCGGAUCACGACUCAAAGUUUCAUUCCUGCAACUGCAGUGUAUGCAAAAUACAACCUCAAACAAGGCGCAAUACAAGAGUUAGAUUGUAUGGAGAUUUAGCAAAACAAACAACAUCAAGCUCUGAAUGUUCUGCUUUCCAUCUCCCUCUUCAAAAGAGACAAACUUCCUCAACCACCGACGAUUUCUGCAGCAGAUCAUCCGUCACAUCUUUUCGACUUCAAUCCAGCGUCUCCUCCUUCUCUUACCAUCAUCGACAUCACCACAGCUCCUACCUAUCAUCCUCCGAAGAGGCAUCCAGAUCUCACACGGACUAUCAUCAGUCAUUCGACGCUGUUCAUGCAGAAUCCAUUCAGAAUCGAACUAAUUACGGAUCUUCUUCCAGCCACGUUGUGCAACCUGUGCCACAUUAUCUACCCAUCAACCUGAAGGCAUUCUCUCAAAGGAUGCUCUACGGAUACCCAAUGCUCAACAAACCACAGUACCCUAUGCCCAUAACAACGAGACCGACUCACUGAACUAAAAGUUUAAAAAAAAAAUCUAUAUAUGACACUUGCACUGAUGAUAGCUUUGGACCAACAAAAUGAACCAAACUAUAAAAUCGAAAUUUUUGCGGAGAUGAGCUGCAAUAUACAGGGUUAUCUCUAAAUAAAACUUUUGCCGUAUAUUUUCAUAAUUAUCUUAGAAAAUGAAUACUUAUAUAUAUAUUAGGCAUCACAAAAUUUUUUAAAAUAAGCAGUGUAAAGUUAAUGGAAAUAAUAAUAAUAGAACAUGAAUCAACUUCUAUCCAUAUAAACGAAACUUUCUA